UGUUCUGUUCUUCUUUCUCGAUAUUUUCGCUCUCCCUCUCCCCAAGAAUCCCCAAUUCCAAGACCUCCAUGACUCUCUCUCCAAAAGCUCAUCUUCUCGCAUAGAAACUCUCUCUCUCGCAUUUCACAGCCAAAUCUGAACGUUCUUCCCCAUCCGUAUAACAUCUGUUUUCCGCUGGAAUAUCUUCUUGAAUUCGCCAAAUUAUUCGCGUAAUGAGUUCCAUUGCGUCGUCCUCCGCCGUGGGAGGAGGCAGAUCGGCGGAGUCUUCCAAUGCCAAUAAGAUCUCGAAGCGACCCAAAUAUUCAAAAUUUACUCAGCAGGAGCUUCCAGCAUGCAAGCCAAUUCUUACUCCAAGCUGGGUGAUUUUGACUUUUCUGAUCAUUGGUAUCGUCUUCAUUCCACUUGGAGCGCUCUGCCUCUCCGCUUCUCAGAGUGUUGUUGAAAUUGUUGAUCGGUAUGACACAGACUGCAUUCCCGAAUCUUCUAGACACAACAAGGUCGCUUACAUUCAGGGUUUAGGAGAGAAGACAUGUAACAGGACUCUGUGGGUGACAAGAACUAUGAAGCAUCCUGUUUAUGUGUACUACCAGCUUGAGAACUUCUACCAAAAUCAUAGGAGGUAUGUGAAGAGUCGGAGUGAUGCACAAUUGAGGGACCCUAAUCAUUUAAAUGAUGUGAGUUCCUGCGCCCCUGAAGAUAUUGCUUUCGGGGAACCAAUCGUACCCUGCGGUCUGGUUGCUUGGAGCUUGUUCAAUGACACUUACGACUUUACUAAAAACCACCAACACCUUCCUGUGAACAAGAAAGGCAUCUCGUGGAAGAGUGACCGUGAAAAAAAGUUUGGGAAAGAUGUUUUCCCUAAAAACUUUCAGAAAGGAUCUCUGAUAGGUGGCGGAAGUCUUAAUCCAAAUAUACCGUUGAGCGAGCAAGAAGACCUAAUAGUAUGGAUGAGAACUGCGGCUCUGCCAAAGUUUAGGAAGCUGUACGGGAGGAUAGACGUGGAUCUCGAGGCUGGGGAUACAUUGCAAGUCUUGUUAAGUAACAACUACAACACAUACAGCUUUAACGGCAAGAAGAAGCUCGUGAUAUCGACCACUAGCUGGCUCGGCGGAAAGAACAACUUCUUAGGUAUUGCUUAUCUGACGGUCGGCGGCUCCUGCUUAUUCUUGGCCCUCUCUUUCGCUCUCUUGUAUCUCCUUAGCCCAAGACAACUUGGAGAUCCGUCGUACCUGUCGUGGAACAGAAGCGCAGGAGGUGGACGUUAAUACUGCACAUGUUUCCUCCAUUAUUGAUGAUGUAAAAACUCAUACCAAAGAGAGAAAUAUAUGUUAGUCCAUUUUUUUUAUAUUUACGCAUGGGCAUGUGUCUAGAUUAGCUUUAUUUAUCAAAAUUGAUUUAUUUUAAAAUGAUAAAAUUUGAUGUUAUA